AUGGCGUUCAACACUCUUCAGGUUUUCUUCUUCACCAUCCUUUCCUUCGCCUCCUCUGCUUUGGCCGCCUUCGGCGUCACCACCUCGGGCAGCAACUUCGUUGUCGAUGCCGGCUCAUCCAACACCCUCGUCUUCCAAGUUUCAAAGUCCAGCUGCGAUAUCAACUCUAUCAAGUACCGCGGCAAUGAGCUCCAGUAUGCCAGCAAGGGCAGCCACAUCAGCUCUGGUCUCGGAACUGCCACCGUCGAGGCCACCACUAUCACGGCCAGCACCGGCAAGGUCAUCAAGGUGACCUGCACCACCUCGACUCUUACGCACUACCUCAUUGUCAAGGAGGGCGAGGCCAACAUCUACAUGGCCACCUACAUCACCGCCGAGCCCGACAUUGGCGAGCUCCGCUGGAUCUCGCGUCUGAACAAGGACACCCUCCCCAGCGAAUACCCCUUCGGCGUCGUUUCCACCACCGCCGGCUCCAGCUCCACCGUCGAGGGCUCCGAUGUUUUCGUUGUCAGCGGCCAGACCCGAUCCAAGUUCUACUCCAGCGAGCGCUUCAUCGAUGACAAGGUCCGCUGUGUCUACGGCACCAGCCCCGAGGAGAUCCACGUCUGCGUUUCCGUCGAGCCCAAAACCGGCUUCGAGCUGUCCUCCGGCGGCCCCUUCUUCCGCGACAUCAACACCAACAACGCCGGUGACUCCACCAACCUGUACAACUACAUGAACAGCAACCACGCCCAGACCGAGGCCUACCGCAUGGGUCUGCACGGUCCUUACGUCCAGUCCUUCUCCCGCUCCGGCAUCCCCAAGAACACCGACUUCAACUACGACUUCUUCAGCGAGCUCAGCCUCAAGGGUUACGUUGCUGCCUCCGGCCGUGGCACCGUCUCCGGCACUGCUUCCGGCAUCACCGGCAGCAGCUUCCAGCGUGUCGUUCACUGGUACAACGCCAACGCCCAGUACUGGACCUACGCCUCGUCCACCGGCGCCUUCACCUCCCCCCUGAUGAAGCCCGGCACCUACACCAUGGUCCUCUACCAGACUGAGUUCAAGGUUGCUACCAGCUCCGUCACCGUCUCCGCCGGCAAGACCACCACUGCCAACAUCGCCAGCACCCUUGCCGCCCGCACUACCCUCUGGAAGAUUGGCGAGUACGACGGCCAGCCUACCGGCUUCCGCAACGCCGACAAGCAGCUCCGCAUGCACCCCUCUGACAGCCGCAUGAGCAGCUGGGGUCCCCUCACCUACACUGUCGGAACUUCUGCCGUCGGCGACUUCCCCAUGGCCAUCUUCACCGCCGUCAACAACCCCGUCACCAUCAAGUUCAACCUCGCCUCCGCCCCUGGCGCUGCUACCCUCCGCAUCGCCACCACCCUUGCCUUUGCCAGUGGCCGUCCCCAGGCCAAGGUGAACAGCUGGACAGGCCCGGCCCCUGCUGCGCCCACCAAGAUCGACUCCCGUGGCGUUACUCGUGGUGCUUACCGCGGUCUCGGCGAGGUCUACGACGUCAGCAUCCCUGCCGGCACCCUCGUUUCUGGAGCCAACACCAUCACCAUCAAUGUCAUCUCUGGCAGCAGUGGUGACACUUACCUGAGCCCCAGCGUCAUCUUCGACACCGUCGAGCUCUUCCAGUAA